CCUGCAUUCACUAUAUCCGCUCUCCCCAGACCCCGCAUUCACUAUAUCCGCUCUCCCCGGACCCUGCAUUCACUAUAUCCGCUCUCCCUGGACACUGCAUUCACUAUAUCCGCUCUCCCCGGACCCUGCAUUCACUAUAUCCGCUCUCCCCGGACCCUGCAUUCACUAUAUCCGCUCUCCCUGGACACUGCAUUCACUAUAUCUGCUCUCCCCGGACCCUGCAUUCACUAUAUCCGCUCUCCCCGGACCCCGCAUUCACUAUAUCCGCUCUCCCCGGACCCCGCAUUCACUAUAUCCACUCUCCCUGGACCCCGCAUUCACUAUAUCUGGUCUCCCCGGACCCCGCAUUCACUAUAUCCGCUCUCCCCAGACCCCGCAUUCCCUAUAUCCGCUCUCCCCGGACCCUGCAUUCACUAUAUCUGGUCU